AUGCCUGACGACAUCCGCGACCAGCUGUAUGCCGAGGAGCAGCAACACGCUGAACGACAACGGAAGACCAAUGCUCCAUCGACAGGCAAUUACCCACCCAUCAACAUCACCAACGUGCUGCCAGCCUCCUCGCCGCUUGCGUCCCCCGCAGGCGCCGCGACUCCCCUCAACGCCUUAUCUCCUGCUUGCUGCAAUGCUGUCCUGCCCCUAGAGAUUGCGGGACCGAGAGAUGUGGCCGUGCGAACGUACUGUGAGUGGCAGUGCUCUCAGGUGGAGAGCGAGGCGCUCAAGUUGGAGUUCUGGAAGGCGUACAACGCUGCGCUCGACCAUGGCCUCGAUCUCGAGCAGGUGCACGAAGAUCAACAGCCCGACUUUUUCAUCGAACAGGGCGUCAAGCGCGGCGAUUCGUCCGCGAUAUUGGAAAGUGGGUUGAGAAAUACAGCGUAG